CCUGUUUGUGGAGUAAAGAAAGAAGAGAGAUGAUAUUGAAAGCAGUUUUGCUGCUGAGCUGUGCUCUGGGCAUCAGCGCAUUCCCCAUGGAAGAACCUGAAGAUGGAGGCAAGCACUGGGUGGUGAUUGUUGCAGGUUCAAACGGCUGGUACAACUAUCGACACCAGGCAGACGUGUGCCAUGCAUACCAGAUUGUACACCGAAAUGGAAUUCCAGAUGAACAGAUCAUUGUCAUGAUGUAUGAUGACAUCGCUGAUAAUGACGAAAAUCCAACGAAAGGCAUUGUCAUCAAUAGACCUAAUGGCACAGACGUGUAUGCUGGAGUGCCCAAGGACUAUACAAAGGAGGAUGUUACUCCUAAGAAUUUCCUUGCUGUUCUCAGAGGAGAUGCAGAAGCAGUGAAGGGAGUGGGAUCAGGAAAAGUAUUGAAAAGUGGUCCCAAGGAUCAUGUGUUUGUUUAUUUCACUGACCAUGGAGCUCCAGGACUUCUGGCUUUUCCUGAUGAUGAUCUUCACGUGAAGGACUUGAAUAAGACUAUUUGGUACAUGUAUCAUCACAAAAAAUACCGGAAGAUGGUGUUUUACAUUGAAGCAUGCGAGUCUGGAUCUAUGAUGAAUCAUUUGGCUGAUAAUAUCAAUGUUUAUGCAACAACAGCUGCUAAUCCCAGAGAGUCAUCUUAUGCAUGUUACUAUGAUGAUGAAAGGCAGACUUAUCUUGGGGACUGGUACAGUGUGAAUUGGAUGGAAGAUUCAGAUAUGGAGGAUCUAAGAAAAGAAACACUCCACAAGCAGUUUCAGCUGGUGAAGAAACGCACCAACACCAGCCAUGUGAUGCAGUACGGAAACAGAAGCAUCUCCUCCAUGAAAGUGAUGCAGUUUCAGGGCAUGGGGAAGAAAGCUAUCCCCAUUUCUCUGCCACCCGUAGAACGCUAUGACCUGACGCCUAGUCCUGAUGUGCCUUUUGCAAUCAUGAAACGAAAGCUGAUGGCUACCAAUGACAUUUAUGAGGCUAAGAAGAUUGCUGCAGAGAUGAAAACACACCUGGAGGUGAAAGAAUUUAUCCAAGAAUCCAUGCGAAAGAUAGUCACCUUAGUAACAGGAUCAAAAGAACAGACCAACCAAAUUCUGUCAGACAGAUUGACCAUCAGCAAUUAUGACUGCUACCAGUCAGCAGUGAACCACUUCAAAGCUCAUUGCUUCAACUGGCAUUUACCAUUGUAUGAGUAUGCACUGAGACAGCUGUAUGCCUUGGUCAACGUUUGUGAAGGAGGAUACCCCAUUGACAGAAUAUGCCUGGCCAUGAAUCAAGUGUGCCUUGGGUAUUGAUGGAAACAACAGCCUCCAAUAUAACCCUUACUACAAGUGAUAACUUUUCAUAACUGCAAUAAUCCAGACUUUACGUGCAUGCAACAUGAAGAGAGUCAACCACCGUACUGGAACUGUGCUGGGAGCUGAGGCACCUGACCAGGAGCAACACAGCACUUGACAGUGCUCUCCCCUACAUCUCCCCUGCUGAGGUGGCAGCCCACUGCUUUGGCAGAGGCAUUUUGGCAGG